AUGAUGCGCCUCAGCCCGCUACAGUCGCGCCUGGCAGCGUCAGUCGCCGCUUCGUGUCUUUUGCUUCUCCUCUAUCUCGUCCUCUUCCCGCCAAAUUUUGCGCUCGCCGCUGAGCUGAACGGGCCGUCGACGAACGUCGGGAUCGAUGAACUCAACUUUUCGAUAAAUCCAGCGGUGCGAGGCCUGCUCGAUCCGACCUACGAGGCGCGGUUUGUCGAUUUUGAGCCGAGCAUCACGGGGCGGGCGGCUGACGUGAUACCCCUGGCGAAUAAUGAACCAACACCGAUGAAUAUAGAUCAGGGCACGACGAUGCCCUAUGUGUUUGUGCUGCCAGGAGGAAUGGGGAGGAGCAGGAUGGAACUUAGGAGCGAAUCCGAUGAUGCUGGCGCGGGCGCUGGCGUUACGGAUGAUGGGGAUAGGGACGAUACGAACCCGCACGACAGCGAGCGAUCUCUGAGAAAACGGCAGCAAUCGCGUACGGUGUACAUAUCGGCGAAUACCUGCCUACAACCACAGCCGGUCGACCCAAUCAAGACACAAUCGGAACCCCCUCAACUGGAACUUUACGUCUCGACAUCUCCAGACAACAAAACACCCGGCCCCCUCGCAGACGGGAAAACCCAGAAGAAAGUAGUCUUUAAGCAGGGUGCGGUCGUUUUCAAUACCAGCGCCAUCGAUGACGUGUACAUUGGAAUAUAUGCCCCGGACACCGGGGAUCAGUUUUCCGGCCAAUACAAUGUCCGGCUUGCAGCAUCGGUGGACAGCCUUUAUUACACCUACAACGAUCUCGACGAUGCAGAUUUGGUCUGGGUUGACAGUGAUUCUCAAGGCGCGCUGUUAAUCACCCACAACCUGACGCAAAGCACGAAUCCAGAGGAGGACGAGGCGGUCAUGCGAUCGCAGCCAUAUGUGUUGUUUGCGCACAACAAGAAGGAUAGAUCCAUCAAUGGGCUCAAGUAUUCGUUUUGUGGCUUGCAAAACUACGCGCAGAUCGCCGCGAUGCGAGACGGGCGGCACAACACUAUGGUCAGAACAGGUAUGACUAAGAGGGGGCAAGGGAACAUGCCGAAACAGCAGUUCUUUUUUAGCGGGCUCAAUGCCAGCGCAGAUUAUAUCGGCAUUUUGGCCAAGGACGCGGAGGAUCACGGGAAUCUCGAAAGGCGCCAGUCCGGCCAGAAACGAGGCACCGAGGUUUUCAAGGCGACCAAUUUCAGUACCAAAUCGGAUCACGGCAAUUGUGCCCUCGUAGUCGACCUCGAUUUCUGCGACCAAGUAGCUUACUCAGUCCCGAGUAACCCCAAAUUCGGCAAUGCCACUAAACUCGCCGACUUCUACGACAAGUACGCCUCCUCUUUCUAUGCCAACUUUAAUAAGUCUCUCCAGCAGGUGGCCUGCGAAGCCCCGUCUAGCCAACGCUACUCGCUUGCGCGCAACUGUACCGACUGCGCCGCCGCGUACAAAGAUUGGCUCUGUUCCGUCACCAUCCCGCGGUGCGAGGACUUUUCCAACACAGCAUCCUACCUACAGGAGCGCGCCAUCGACCAGCCCUUCCCCAACGGCGAGAAGCUGGAUCCGAAGCUACGGGCGGUGCUCCCUGAUACACCUGCGUAUCUCACCAGUCGAAAUCCGCAGAUCGAUGAAAUCAUCAAGCCAGGGCCAUACAAGGAAUUGUUGCCCUGUGAUGAUUUGUGCUACAAGCUGGUGCAGAGCUGUCCUGCAUCGAUGCAGUUUGGGUGUCCGGUGCCGGGACAGGUGGGCUUCCAGGGCAACUAUGUGAAGCAUGAUCCGUCAGCAGGGCUGACGUGUAACUUUCCCGGCUCGGCGCAUUUCCCGUCGGCGGGGAGAAAGGGGGUGAGCUCAAGCUUGGGUUAUAUGGGCGGGAUAGUGGUUGGUGUGGUAGGGCUGUUGAUGUUAUGA